AUGCACUCCGCCGCCCUCCUCCCCCUUCUUGCGGGAUUGGCUGUUGCCAAACCAAUCGCAGCCACCACCGAGGCCCCGUCGAGCGCUACGCCUGACGCUCUGCCAAUUGACUUCCUGGCCAACGUUGAGAUUCCCACCUACUCGACCAUCGAGGGUGUCUCUUCUCAGGAUAUCCCUUACGCCACCCCUACGGCCAUUGCUGCCGUCAAGGCCGAUCAGUCUGAGACGCCGCUGAGUGUCUUCCCGGCUGCUACCUCGGUCGCCAUCAACGCCGCCGGCGAGGAUGGUGAUGCCGCCGCCCCGACUUCCACCGCCACGGCGGAGAAGCGUCACUUCGUCGACAUCCAGAGGCGUGCUGCAUGCGACAGCCAGGCUACCAUCGAGAGCCACUACGACAUCGAUGUGAGCAGCGCCAGCGCUUUCCGGGCUGACACGACCAUGGCCAAUGUGGCUCAGGCCGCCUCGGUUCCCUCUGGCUAUCAGAACAACUUUGUCAACCUGCAAGGUGCCAGCAGCGCCUACGCAUACUUGGGCUACACGGUUGUCGACACUGGCUACGACGUCCAGUACUGCGCCAACCAAUGUGACAGCAAGGAAGGCUGUCUUUCUUUCAACAUCUACUUCGAGAGGGACCCAACUGUCGAGCCCGGCACUGGCUGUGAGAACCCUCCGGCCUUUGCCAAUGUCAAGUGCUCGUUCUGGGGCAGUGCUCUGGAUGACCGCACGGCGACCAAUACUGGUCAAUGGCGUGCUGGCUUCGAGGUGGCCAUUGCCGGCUCGAACGCAUACACGUCCAACAGAGUCGGCAAGACCAUCUCGGGCUGGUCGGCUCCCCUCAACCUGGGUAACGCGGCGAUGAACGCCCCUCUCUGGGAUGCGUCCAACACGUGGACCUACAUGGGCUACAAGCUCUUCCAGGACGGCCCCUUCGAUGUGGCCCUCUGCUCGGCUGCCUGCGAGGCUCAGACGGCGUACAACGUCGCUCACCCUCCCUCCUCCGGCUACACUCCCCUCUGCGCCGGCUUCGGCACCUACCAGCUCACCGUCACCGACCGCAACACCGGCAGGUCUUCCGUCGUCGGCCAGAUGUGUACCAUGUACACGUCUGCCUGGGGCGCUGAAUAUGCCACCAACACGGUCGCAUGGAACGACGCCAUCAUGACCAAGUACACGUACAGCCUGAGCUUCUUCUACUCCAAGCCCGAGCUCCAGCCCGUCACCGACUCCAACCUCGCCGCCCUGCAGUCCGACGGCGGCCGCUUCUGCACCUCGUACAUCAGCUACUCGGCGCCGACGUCGACCACCACCUCGACCGUCAGCCCCGUCCGCACCAUCACCUCGUUCUCCACCUCGACCGUGAGGACCACUUCCACCCGCACCGUGACCAGCGCCACCGGCGGCUUCCAGCGUCGCGAUGAUGGCGACUCCGCGACCGCCGACGACAACGCCAUCAUCGUCUCCUACAUCACCGCGUCGUCCGACCUCGUCCCUCCCCCUCCCGCCGCCACCAUCACCGCCUCCAACGCAACCAUCGUCGUCGACCCCACCCCCACCACCCUCGCCAAGCGCGCGGGCAACGCCGUCGCCACCCCGGCCGGCGUCAGCGACUGGUCGCCGCUCAAGAUCUCCGCCGCCUGCUCGCGCGUCGCGACGGGCACCAUCACGACGACGGCCACCACCACCCUCGCCACCGCGCUGACCACCAUCAACCCGACUACCACCACGACGACCACCAUCUUCACCACCACCACCGUCUACACCUCCGCCCCCAGCUCCACCCAGCUCGCCGGCGCCAACAACCCGACCUACCAACAAGCCCUCCUCACCCUCCCCUUCUCCGUCUCCAUCACCGGCAUGAGCAACAACCAGAUCAGCCUGGACCGCAACGGCUGGCUGUGCUUCCAGAACCCGUACGGCAGCGACGGCAGCUGGGACCUGCUGCGCCUGUACUACCAGGGCUUCUACGCGCCCUUCGACUUCCGCCUCGAUCCCGCCGCCGGCCACUACAUCAGCGCGCGCGUGGCGGGCGAUGCGCCGAAUCGGAAGAUCGUCUUCGAGUACAACCUCGGGUCGAACGAGAACGCCAACGGCCUCUACCAUUUCGACCUCACGGUGUAUGAGAGCCAGGGCGGUGUGCUGGAGAUGAGGUACUACACCAUGUACAACAAUGGUAGGAGUGGAUGGGCGCCGCAGAUUCCGGGGUACAUUGCGCCGGUGGGGCAGCAGUUGAAUGACUACAGCUCCCAGGGCAGAUACGGCAGUGUCAUGGCUUACCCGUCCAGCAUCGCUGGCGGCACCAUCAUCACGUCCAACUGGAACACCCGCCAGACUACGACUGGCACUUUCUGA